CUCGGCUCACCCGUACCCACUUUAAUCUGUCAUUGCGAGGAGCAUAGCGACGUGGCAAUCUCGAUGAGGUUGAACACACGUCGGCGAACCACCGUUGCUACGGCGACGGGAUCGCUACGCUACACUCGUAAUGACAAAAUGGGUACGCAUAAGAAUCCCUCGGCUAUCUGGGCGCAUCGUCGCGGCAGGGCUCGAAAUCCCGGUUGUAGUCCACGAAAAUGUCGAAGGUGCCGCGCCCGCCAUACAGCA